AUGAAGAUGCACACUCUCGUCCAUCCAACCAGUAUGCCACAUCUUCCGCUUGCCCGCUCUUGCUACUCCGUAUCCGGGACUAGUCCACGCGAAGACUACGACACUGUGCUGCCGCCGCUCGGGAAUCUAGCCGUCCUCAAUCGCCCAUCACCCGCUGAUAUGUCCUUCAGAGAUACUCAUCUGCCCGACCGCUCAGUAGGGCCACUACCAUCAAUCUGCGAGUUAGUUCCAGAGUUACCCCGAUAUCAUCACGGACAUCACCACUCAUCCCUAUCAGAGUGCCAGAAUACAUCACACUCGCGCCGUAAAUAUGAACAUACUCGCUCCCCCACUGCGCCCAACUCGUCUCCGCCAUCUCUAUACAAACGCCGCCGUCUUUCGGCCGCUGACGAGGAAGAUCUCCAACAGAACGGUGAACGGCGGGACCAUGUCACUCGAGAAGGCCAGCCUCUACCAGCUGGACAAUGGACGCGAUAUCACCAGACGGGUGCCAUGACGCCAGAUCUAUCUCCAUCCUCACGAAGAGGCAGUACCUUUUCGUCAACAGGUACCCGCACAGCUUCUCCUCGAACGAGCCCUUUCACCAAUUAUCCUGUAUCCUUCACCUCGGUGCGAAAGUCGCCUUCAUCCUCCUAUACCUCAACUAGCCAAUUUCAUGGGACUGCGUCUCUCGAUCCUGCCGAAGAAGACGCACCUCCGCACACAGACUCACAGUUUCAAACGCAAUGGAAGAUUUCGGGCACUGAUGCGGCUCAAAUAGGCCACGGCAAAUUACGAGUGGAAAAUCGACAGUUGCCUCGCCUCCCUUACCUCAUCAACACGUCCAAAUCACAGCCUAACUCUCGUCCGAACCUUACUGAGAAUGAACCAACCGAUAGAGCCGCUCGAGAACUCGUCAUUGCUCCAAGUCCGAGCCCGCCAAGACAAUUACCCUAUUACCAAGACCACUCCCACAAUCCUCCAUCAGAAUGUACCGUACGCGACACCUUGACUGCUCAUGAGUACCACCCCGAGUCUACCACUGCGCCUGCCUCAGCUCAACCGAGAGUCGACUCGUCUAUGUACCCCCCGUACCCUGCUUCGACCCAUGCUACGACCUACUCUAGCCCAACGGAUUAUGUUACAUCAGCUAGCUACAACUCUAGUUUCGCCGGCCCUCGCUCUUGCUACACCUCUUACUCUCCCGAUAACGCUCAAUUCCAUACUAACCUGCCACCUGGAACCUACACGAACAAUCAUGCCAGUUAUCCUAAUGAAAACCAUCUUUCCACGGCCGAGACUAAGCCACGCAAACGCAGGGGCAACUUGCCAAAAGACACAACAGAUAAGCUUAGAGCUUGGUUCAUGAGUCACUUGGCUCAUCCUUAUCCGACGGAAGAUGAGAAGCAGCAACUCAUGGACGCAACGGGCCUUCAGAUGAAUCAAAUAUCUAACUGGUACAUAAAUGCUCGUCGACGUCAGCUGCCGGCCAUGGCGGCAAAUGCUCGUGCUGAAGCCGAAGCGCGGAGGCUGAGUCAAUGUGCGCCUAAUGAGAAUAGCCCUAUUCGAUGCGAAAUUAACAGAGAGCAAUACGAAGAGUUUGAUUCGAGACAAUGA